AUGGGAGCGGCAUUGGCCAGGGCAGCUCAGUGGACUGCUGCUGGUUCUGGAGCUGGCACACUUGAAAUCACCCCUUUGAACGAAUCUCUUUUAAAUCAAAUUAUAAAGUUUGUGGAAGACUUCAGCACUAGAUAUCCUCAGGAAGCAGCAUUUGUCUUCAAAGAGCCCCUUGAGUGGAAAACACAAUUGGAUUGUUCAGCAUUUGGAAACGGUUAUGAGAUCAUUGAAGCAACUGUUCAGUCUGAAGCCAGAGCUAAAGAUGGCCAGUCAUUGCUGCUUCUCAAGAAAUCAACUCUCAGAGUUCGUAGUUUCGACCAGCUGUCCUGUGUGCUACAAAUCGCAAUGGAAAAAAAGUUAAAGGAAGUACAGGCAUGCCUUGAAGCUAACAGAGAUCCUAUAGUGCAAAUUCUUGGCCCUGAAUAUGGCACUGUUGAAGGAGAAGAUAGGUCCAUCUUGCAUUUACUUGAGAGAGUGAAAAAAGGUGGUGACCCUGAAACAGAGGUGAAAAUGAAAAUCUUUCUUCUGCUUCAUCAGUUGGAUUUGCAACUGCUUAAUAAUUCUUUGAAACAAAUUUCACAAGACGUAAGACUAAGUCCAGCUGCUGUAAACAAUGAAGUGAGUCUUCUCAAGAAUUUCUCUGGGGAAGGAGAAGAUACAGUACUGGAAUCGCUGGAAUAUACAUCAGAUUAUGUGUUCUCUAAUGGAUGCCGAGCUCCUCCCUGGAGACAAGUGCAUGGAGAAAUUUGUUACUUAGUCAUCAACCCACAUGACACCGAUCCUUUGUGUAUCACUUGCAGCACAGCAGGAGUGUUUUUAAAUGGAGGUCAGAUAGAUAGUGAAGAUCGCAUUGACUAUGAAAGAAAAAGUGAUGUAUAUAAAGAUAUUGUCACAUUUUUAAGGGAGAAAUCACCUAAAUUUGUAGAAAAUAUGGCUAAACAGGAAUACAGGUUUUUUAAGGAACCAACAUAUAAGAAGUAUUUCCAGCAUAUGGGAGUAGUUGAGGCUAAGGUCUCUGGCCAGUCCCAGAGCCUUCAUGAUUCUACAGAAAAUAAAGUAGAUGAGGAAGUAAAAAGUUCUGCAUCAAGGAGAUCCAUUGAAAAGAAGAAAUUAGAACCAUCUAUGAACUGGAAGAGUACUGGGCUUUCUCUUCUCCACAGUGGCAAAGCUGCAAGAAAAGAUGCUGAAAAAGCAAGAAGGAGAAGUAGCACCAUGUCUGCGAAAAUAAAAAAGAAAGGCUAUGGCAUUUCUUCUAAAUCUGCUAAAAUUCAACCAGCUUCCAAACGUAAAAUGUCAGCCAUGCUUGAUGAUGUUAGUGAAAGUUCCUCAGGGACUGAGGAAGAUGAAGAACAGCCUGUACGUCAUCAUGAAGGAGGCACAGAUUUGCCAUCAGAAUACUGGGAAAUUCAGAAACUUGCAAAAUAUUUAAAGGGAGGUAAUCCAACAGCUACUGUGAUUGCACUGUGUUCAAUGAAAGAUUUCAAUCUGGCUCAAGAAACUUGUCAGAUGGCCAUCAGAGACAUUGGAUGUCUUGAAGUGUUAAUUAAUUUGCUUGAUACAGAAGAAAUUAAAUGUCAGAUUGGUUCAUUAAAAAUCCUGAAGGAAAUUAGUCAAAAUACACUGAUCAGACAUGCAAUUGCAGAUCUCGGGGGCUUAGAGAUUAUGGUGAAAAUAUUGGACUCUCCGGAUAGAGAACUAAAAUGUCUGACAGCUGAAACAAUUGCUAAUGUUGCUAGAUUUAAGCGAGCACAAAAGACAAUUAGGCAGCAUGGAGGAAUCAAGAAACUGGUUGGGCUGUUGGACUGUGAUGCAGUGGGAUCAACCAGUGUAAUACCAUACCAAGCAAAAGAUAGUGAAAUGGCACGUUGUGGAGCUUUGGCACUCUGGAGCUGCAGCAAAACCACCAAAAAUAAAGCAGCAAUCCAUAAAGCUGGUGGCAUUCCGUUAUUAGCUAGAUGGCUCAAAUGUUCACAUGCAAACAUCUUAACUCCAGUAGUGGGGACGCUACAAGAAUGUGCCUCAACUCCAAGUUACAGACUUGCAAUAAAGACAGAAGGAAUGGUUGAGUACCUUGUGAAAAAUCUGAGAAGUGAACAUGUGGAGCUUCAGAUGCAUUGUGCAAGUGCCAUAUUUAAGUGUGCAGAAGAUAAGGAAACACGUGACCUCGUUAGACAGCAUGGAGGUCUACAGCCACUAUCUGUUCUGCUUGCUAACUCUGAAAACAAACAACUUUUAGCAGCUGUGACAGGAGCAAUAUGGAAAUGUGCAAUCAGUGAAGAAAAUGUGGCAAUAUUUCGGGAAUAUAAAGUUAUCGAAACUCUGGUAGGACUGCUUACUGAUCAGCCUGAAGAAGUCCUUGUAAAUAUCGCUGGAGCACUGGGAGAAUGUUGCCAGGAGACAGUAAAUCGGAGUACUAUCCGUAGAUGUGAGGGAAUACCACAUCUAGUGAAGUUACUUACUGGAACCAAUCAGGCACUACUUGUGAAUGUUGCCAAAACAUUGGGAGCUUGUGCAACAGAUCCUGAAAGUAUGAUAAUAAUUGACCAUCUAGAUGGAGUUUGCUUGUUAUGGUCAUUAUUGAAAAAUCCUAAUCCAGAUAUUCAAGCAAGUGCAGCCUGGGCUAUUUGUCCUUGCAUUGAUAAUGCUAAGGAUGCUGGGGAAAUGGUUCGAUCUUUUGUUGGUGGCUUGGAACUUGUAGUCAAUUUGCUAAAAUCAAAGAAUAAAGAAGUUUUAGCAAGUAUAUGUGGAGCCAUUACAAAUAUAGCUAAAGACGAAGAAAAUUUAGCUAUUUUAACCGAUCAUGGAGUCGUCCCUCUGUUGUCAAAACUAGCAAACACAAACAAUGACAAGUUAAGACGUCACUUAGCAGAGGCCAUUUCCAACUGUUGCAUGUGGGGGAGAAAUAGAGUUGCCUUUGGAGAGUCCAAUGCUGUAGCUCCUUUAGUACGUUACUUGAGGUCAAAUGAUCCAUCAGUUCACAGAGCUACAGCUCAGGCUUUAUGUCAGCUUUCAGAGGAUCCCAACAACUGUAUAACCAUGCAUGAAAAUGGAGUGGUGAAGCUCCUACUGCCUAUGAUAGGCUCUACAGAUGAAACUCUGCAGGAGGCAGCAGCUGGUUGCAUAGCAAACAUUCGCAGAUUGGCUCUAGCAACAGAAAAAGCAAAGUAUGGAUGA